AUGCCCCUAUUCACAUCCUGCACUCUGGCUGACUUCAUUGGUCUCCUGCAGCCCAGCAGAGUCCCCAUUGAAAGUCCCCAUGCUGUCAUUUUUGGUCAUAGCGACAUCGUCAGCAGCACUGUCGCGGCUAUGCCAAGGAACAAGAAUGUCAUGAUCACUCAGCACUACAGCUACACCAUGAACUUGUCGGAUAUUUUUGUCGUUUUGGAUAUCGGCAAGACGGAAUUUGUUCAAGAGUCCUGGUUGAAGCCCAGUGCUGUGGCCGUCAACAUCGGCACUAACUACAUCCCUGGUAAGCUGGUCUAUAUUGUCGUCUCGUUGGCGAUGUCGACUUUGCCUCCGCUUCUAACGUCGCCUCGCACAUUAUCCCCGUCCCAAGAGGUGUCUGCUCCAUGA